GUGCAAUGCCAAAUGUGCACGUUGGAGCUAAAACCUUGAUUGAAAUAAAAACAGAAACAGGGAUUUUCCUCGAAGUGGAGCAGGUUUCUCAACUUCAGUGUGACUCGCCCAACUCUUGACAAACAAAGCACUCCCACCUGCCUCUGCCAGAGAAAAGCACUGAGGACCGAAGUGCAGAACCAGCUCGGGGAUUUACCACGCGCCUUUAUCCAGUUAUAAUGAAAAGGAUAUUUUUAUUGCUUCUCUUCUGUCAGGUUUCAUCUCAAGUGAAACACUCCCUGACGUAUUUCAUAACUGCAUCGACCGGAGUCCCAAACUUCCCUGAGUUUGUGGGUGCCGGAGUAUUUGAUAAAAUUCUGGCGGGUUACUGUGACACCAACAUCAUGACAGUAGAACCGAAACAGGACUGGAUGAAAAGUAUAUUUGAAAAUGAUCCUCAGCACUUGGAGUUUUACAACGAAGAGUGUUUUGGGACUCUGCAUAACUUCUUCAAAGCCAUGACUUACACUUUGAAGCAGCGCUUCAACCAAACUAGAGACGGCCAUGUUUUACAGAGGAUGAGCGGCUGUGAGUGGGACGAUGAGACUGGAGAGGUCAAUGGUUUUAUGCAGUUUGGUUAUAAUGGAGAAGACUUCAUAUCACUGGACCUGAAGACAUUGACGUGGAUCGCUCCGAAACCACAGGCGGUCAGCACCAAACUGAGAUGGGAUGCUGAGAAAACAACGUUAAAGUACUAUGAGAUUUACCUCACACAGAUGUGCCCCGAGUAUCUGAAGAUGUACAUGGCCUUUGGCAAGAGCUCCCUGCAGAGAACAGAGCGUCCCUCAGUGUCUCUCCUCCAGAAGUCUCCCUCCUCUCCGGUCAGCUGCCACACCACAGGUUUUUACCCUGACAGAGCCGUGAUGUUCUGGAGGAAAGACGGAGAGGAGCUUCAUGAGGGCGUUGACCACGGAGAGAUCCUCCCCAACCACGAUGGGACCUUCCAGAUGAGCGUUGACCUGAACGUUUCAUCAGUCCCACCGGAAGACUGGGACAAGUACGAGUGUGUGUUUCAGCUCUCUGGUGUUGGAGACGACAUUGUCACCAAACUGGACAAAGCGGUGAUCAGGACCAACUGCGUUUCUCCCUCAGAGUUUCCUGCUGGUGCUGUUACUGGAGUCGUUGUAGGACUGCUGCUGCUGGCUCUCUGCAUCACCGGACUCUUCAUCUGGAGAAGGAACAAUAAUGGAUUCAGGCCUGCAAACUCUUCAGACUCUUCGUCCUUUCAAACCUCUUCGCUCAAAGAUACAGCUCUUGACUGAUCACACUAUCCAGUGAGGAUUAGAAGAGGAAACAUAACUCCAUUAAAGCUACUGUGACUGUGAUAUUUUAUUAAAUUUUUACUAACAUUUAUUAUAUUUGCAUGAACAAAACUUGUUUUUAUCAAACAUGAACAACAUCACAUCAAACUGGGUGAGUGUGAAUUCAUAGAUCAGUUUUUUUGUUUGUCUUAGGUUGUUGUGGAUAUGGUGAUGAGAGUUAACAGGAAGAUUUUUUUUAAUUUUAUUUAUCCGUUAUUUAGCCAGGAAGGUCUCAUGAAGAUACAAAAUCUCAUCCUCCAGGGAGUCCUGGUGGCAAUGGCUUAGUUAGCACAGAGCAAUCACUGCAGCUGGCAGAGACCAGAGACAUGAAACAAGAAAGGACACAGAAGCGUUAUAUCUGUAGGACUACUCGGGUCUUUAGAUUUUUAAUUUGUGUCAUUCCUGGAUCUGUUUUUUAGCUAAAUUUGAUCACUUCCGUUGACUUUUAUCUCUUUAUUGUUAUUUAAAAAACGAACAACCAAACUUCAACAUAUUACCUCUCUUACUAACUUUAUAAUUUAAUUUGAAUGGUUAACUAAUGGACUUCUUACCUGUGGUCUAUAGAAUGGGAUUUAUUUUUGCAACAGAUCUGGCACUCUUAGACUACUGAAUUUUGUAAAAAAAAAAAAAAAAAAAUUAACUCCAGACUGAUCAUUAUUUUAAAUGUGAAUGAAUGUGCUUACAUGUUUACCGUUUUUAGGUGAGCUGCUAUGUUUUCUUUUGUUUUGCUGAUUUUUAGCAUCAUCUGUUGAAGGGAUCUGUUGCUCUCUCUGAAGUUAAAACUCAAACCUGAUAUUGUUCAAAAAUGACUCAAAUUAUGAAUUAAAUUCUCUCCAUAAAA